AUGGCGCCCGCAAACACCGCUAUCAGUGAUGUCGCCCAACCUGGGGCCGUCAACUUUUCGCCAAUCGACCGGAAGGUCCGCGACGUGCCGUCUUACUCGCCGCCCACCUACUCAACACAGAAGCAGACCCAAGAGACACAGUGGACACCACCCCAGACAUCACCGGAUGUCAAGGUGCUCCCGUUUCGCGAACUGAACUCCGAACUCCCUCCCAUCCAGACCGCAGAAGCCAAAGCCCGCGAGCAUGGCGAGUCACGGCAUCGCACGUUGCCGUCCAUCUCGUCCGUGACGGGAUCCGUGACUGGGUCAGUGACGAGUGCGGCCGACUCACCUGCUGAAGCGCCUUCGGCAGCCGGUGCUUCGACACCCACCUUGACCAACCACUGGCCAAGCCUCAACCCUUUGACCGCGUACUAUACCCCCGGCCACAUCCAGUCGUCCGCAGAAUCCCCUCUGCGGAUGGAUGUCGACGCAAGCAGCACGAGUACCGGCCCUGCCGGAGCGACGACGCCCGACCGGUACCAGGACGCCCGGGCGGCUAGCGUCAGCUUGGAAGACCCAGAUGUCCGGAUGGCGGCCGAAGCGCUCGGCGACCUGCGUGCCGACUUUGUCUCUUCGCCCCCGGCCCGCUCUUCGCCUCUUCCGGGCAACAACAACAGCAGCAGCAGCAACAACAGCAACACUUCUGAACCCCUCUUCUCCCUCCUUACAACAUCGCACCCUCUCCUCGCCAAGACCAUCGAGGGGACGACGUCAGCUUAUAAUACCUCCAAGAACCUGUCGCCGCGCUUCAAGUCGGGCGCCGAGUACGUCGAGGGCUACCUGACGCCCAUUGGAAAUACAAUUGGCUCUGUCAGCCGGGUGACGGGAGUUGAAGGUGGUGUCCGGUGGUUCCUAGGAGGCCGCCGUAGGCACCAGCACCCCACGUCCGGGGAAGGCGAGUCCAGCAAGCCCAGCUUUUAUAAGAGACGCAAGGUGGAUCUCCGGCAUGGGCGCACGACCAACGUCGCCGAGGCGCAGCACGGCCCGACGUCUGCGGCCAGCAAAAACGAUACGGGGUCGCGCUCAGACGCUACGCCGGCGCGCGUUGUCCGCACCAGCGCCGAGCGCUUCGACCCCAACGAGGACCGCCGGUUGUCCAUGAGCACGGUAGAAACUCUCCCCGCUUACGAUGACCACCGGUCGCCGGACUACACCGAAUCUGACGGCCCAUCCUUGAUGCAGAUCGAAUCCGCUGGCUCCCUGGACAGCAUCGCGACAAACAACGGAUCGCCUACCAACCAACAGCAACAGCAGGCGUGGCAGUCGCGUCUGAUUAUGUCGACAUCCGGUCUCAGUGUCGCCAUGAGCGACGAGAGUCUGCGCAGCCUCAAGUACUGCCUCAACUGGCUGCGGUGGGCUAACGGCAACAUCGACAAGGUGAUUGAGUCGCUGAAAACGGCUGUCGAGCAGUACGAUUCGGCACACGCCGCUCAGGGCGAGGGCGAGGGCGAGGAUGCAGCACAAGACGGAUCCGCCGCCCGCACCGAUGCCGCCAGCCAGGCGCAGCGGAAUGAGCUGGCCGCACGCAUUGCCUCGCUGCGGGGCGACCUCCUGCAGACACUGCGCGGCGCCGUCGACACCGUGUCCAAGUACGCCGGUGGUGCUCUGCCCGACAAUGCCCGCGUACUGGUGCGCCGCCACCUGACCAGCCUGCCAGCGCGCUUCCGACUUGCCAACCAAGCCGAGGCAUCGGCCGCCGCAGCCAACGGCGGUCGUCCGACCACCGACAAGGAGGUCCGCGAAGGUGCGCAACGCGUGCUGGUGCUUGCCAAGGAGGGCCUCGAUAUGAUGUCGCAGGUGAGCGGCGUGCUCGAUGGCACGAUUGUGAGCGCCGAGGAGUGGUGCGAGCGGUUGGGCAAGAAGAAGCCGGGCGACAACCAGGUCUCGGCGGUGACGACACCCGUACCGGCACAGGGCGACCGCGACGUUGUCAUGCAGUGA